AUGUCAGUUUCGACUGGUUCGAACCGGAAGUUUCCGAUCGUUGCGCCGUCGCCUCCGCCGUCUGUUUCAAGUAAAGUUGGCAGUAGUGGCUUUUGGAAGCGCUCAAGCAAGUUGCGAGCUCCAAACAUUUCAUCUGUAGAUAGGACUCGUGUAAAUUCCUUCUACUCUACUGUUGUUGUAAUCAAAUUCUGUUAG